AUGCGAUGCGCCAGGCAUGCUGCCGCGGCCGUGCUUCUGCUGGUGGUGGGCGUGCCGGCCGUGCAGCCGCGCGCCCGCGGCUCCGCCGCUGAGCGGCCGCGCGCCAGCGGCGUCGGCGCCGAGCAGCCGAUGGCGGACGCGGGCGCGGACGGCCUCGAGGCGGAGUACCAGCGUGUCCUCGGCUUCGACGAGGCGGAGUGGCCCGCGGAGUCGCAGCGGCUCCGCUUCGCGGCGCCCGAGGCGGCGGCGGCGGGGGGUGCUGCCAGCUCCCAGUCGGCGGAGGAUGUGGAGGAGUUCGAGACGAAGGUGGAGAAGCUCAGCGAUGCGUUCCGCGAGGUGGACGUGGAGGCGGCCAGAUCCAAGUCAGCGGCGAAGCUGGCGGCGGCGGCCAGACCCGAGUCGGCGGCAGAGGUGGCGGAGUCGGCAUCUCCGUCGCCUUGGAGGCCGUCCUGGACGACCACGGCGUUGCCGUUGGAGGAGAUGCCAGCGGAGCCGGCGGCGGCCAAAUCCGACCUGGGGGAGGCAGCACGACAGGAUCCGACCUCUGAUCCAGAGCCGGCUGUGACGGCAGGAGGACCCCAAGCAGCGUCAGAGGCAUCAGCGGCGCCAUCCGAGUCGACGGUGGAGGCAGCGGCGCCAGCAGCCGGGUCCAUGACGCAGGCGGAGCUCGAGGAGGAGUUCAGCGAGGCAUUCAAGGAGGUGGACGCGGAGGCGGCCAGGUCCAAGGCAGCGGCCGAGCCAGCGGCGGCGUUCGAAUCCGAGUCUGCGGCGAAGGCAGAGGAGUCGGCAUCUCCCUCGCCGUGGAG